CGGUAGCCAACCCAUCUAUCAGCUUUCCACUUAACAUUUCUCUGUAAUACCAUUUGACGCCCUCAAACCGACGUCGUUCGUAUUUUCUAGUCACGUUUCUUUUUUGACUUUUUGAACCCAUCUGUUCGCGCUGAAAAAUGGAGAUUCUAAACCCCCGCGCCGCCCUCCUCUCCAACUUCGAAGUCCUCUCCCUCCUCCGCGAACUCGAAUCAGACUACCUCUCGAAACAAAAGACGGCGCAGCGGAUCAAGAAAGAAGAAGCUGAGGCUUCUGCGUCUGGUUUGUUGAGUCUGAAUACGAAUGCGAAUCAAGGCGCCGGGAUGAGUGGGGGAGCGAAGGCGUAUGAGGUGUUGGAGGAGAUUGCGCCGAAUUUGAGGACGGUCGAGGUCGAGGCCAUCCAAUACCUCUCCGCCGACUUUCACCCCACGCCACACCAAACCGAAGCCGGGAUCGCGCAGCUGACGAAAUCGCUGGAACCUUACGGACUGAAUAAGUCUGAGAAGCUGCAGAUUGUGAAUUUGGCACCGGUGGAGACGGUCGAGCUUUAUGUCAUUGUCGAAGAGAUGGAGGACAGGCUAGGUGAACGGAUGGAUGAGGUUCUGUCGCAUGUCCGUACUUCUCUGUCCGACACUACUGUCACCACCACCGCACCUCCAACGCUCACCAAUGGUCAGGGAACGGAGACUGUAUUUGGUGGGAUGGUGUAUCUGGAAGAUGGUGGUAUGGGAGGAUGGGAGCAGGGUAUGGAAGGAGUUGGAGAUGAGUUUGUGGAUGCGGGUGAGGGGAUGGGCGUGGAGGGAGACUUGGACGUUGAGGAAGACUGAAAGUUGCUGGGUUUAGGAGUACGGAUUAUUCCGUCUACAACAUGGUCUUCAAGCGUGCCACACACGUCCUAGCCGAUUCCCAGCGCUAGAUUCCAAUUCAAUUCGAGAACUCGGUUGUCCAUCAUUUACGCACAUGUACG